AUGAAGCAAGCGAGUGGUGAGGUAUCCGAUGAGAUUCGUUGUAGAUCAACUUGGUACCCUUGGUUUGAGAACUAUAUUUAUAUGAUUGAUGGAACACACAUUGUUGCGUUUGUCCCUGAUAAUAUAGUUGCUCGAUUUCAUGGUCGUAAAGAUGGUCCUACACAAAAUGUGCUUGCAGUUGUUACACCUAAUAAGCUAUUUGGUUAUGUCAUAGCUGGAUGGGAAGGGCCCGCUAAUGACUUUACAGUUUUGAGGGAUGCAUUGUCUAUGCCUCCUCCAAAGGGAUUGUGUUUGAUAAAAGAUAAAUAUUAUCUCUACGAUACUGGAUAUACGACAAUGCCUGGUUUUAUUGCACCUUAUUGUGGCGUGCGCUACCAUAUUAAAGAGCAAGACGAUAGAGAACCAUUAAACCAUCACGAGCUUUUUAAUCUUUGUCACUUAUCACUUCGAUCAAAGAUAGAGAGCACAUUUGGAAUUUUGAAAAAUCGUUUCAAAAUUCUAACAUGUAGGCCUGAUUUUCUAUUUCAAACACAGGUCAAGAUUGUUAUUGCAUGUUGCAUUCUACAUAAUUAUAUAAUGAUAUUGGAUCCAUAUAAUCAUUACAUAACAGAAGAUGUAGUUUUUGAUGAAAGUGAGAGUGAAUUUGUUAUUGAAGAAUCUGAGGUUAGCAUGCUCAAUUUAAGCAAAAGGGAACAGAAAUAA